AUGUCAACUCCCUCUACGGCCACGGUUGGAGCAUUACCACGAUUCCACGAUCCGCACUAUCCCCCCUCGUACACCCAUUCACACACGCAUCACCAAGGAUACCAGGCAAAUCCUAGCGCCAGCUAUCGUUCUGUUGCUACGAGCCAGACUAUUCUCCCUCCUCCGGUUUCGUCGGUUGCCUCGCCCUCUCAUAGCACUGCGGCCAUACUCCCGCCGCCCUAUCAGCACUCGCCUCUCGCGUACUCGUCAUCCGGAUCGAAUACUCUGAGCCUCGCUCACUCCUCGGCCGCUCCUGCCGCUCGCGCGGAGCAGCCUUCCAGGAAGCGUCGCCGCUCUCGUGAGCCUGAUUGGAACAACUUUUACAAAAAUGGCCUCCCCAAGGAGAUCAUUGUAAUUGACGACACUCCCGAGCCCGAGGCCAAUACGGGUCGAAAAAUCACGAAUGGCACUGCCACUGGCCCUACCGACAGCACUUCGGGCCGUCAGGUGGCCAAGAAGAGGAGACGUGAUGAUGAGCCUGGCACCAUCCAGGGCGCGGGCUACCACAUUAAGUAUCUGGGAUCACAAAACAACACUCCGCUGCAGACAUCAACGCCCACUGGCUCGUCCAUCUCCAGCAGUGACCGCACCAAUUCUGCUAUCAACACUGCACCUACUUCGCUUUCCUCCAACGGCCAGUACGACGAUGUCCAGGUUCCACUCAAGCGGAAGCGGACCCGGCAACAGGUAGCCAACGAGGCCAAGCGUCGCGAUAUCGACGGCCUGGGUGAUCCCUUUUUCACCUACAAGCCUCCUCCUUACCCACCCAAGAAGGCUGGCGAGGUCAACGUUCAGGUUAUCCAUGACCGACAAUACAACAAGAACGUCAAGGUCGACGAUGACGAUGGCCACUACAUUGUUGUGCCAGAUGCUGAACUGACAGACAAGUACAAAAUCGUCCGCCUUCUGGGCCAGGGCACUUUUGGCAAGGUUGUCGAGGCCCGCGACCGAAGACGCAACAAGGCUGUUGCCGUCAAGAUUAUCCGAUCAGUGCAGAAGUAUCGGGAUGCAUCAAGGAUUGAACUCCGUGUCCUAGCCACUCUCAAGGCCAACGACGAGGAGAACCGGAAUCGAUGCAUUCAUCUUCGGGAUUGUUUCGACUACCGCGGCCACAUCUGCAUCGUCAUGGACUUGCUCGAUCAGAGCGUGUUUGAUUUCCUCAAGGGCAACGCUUUCGUUCCUUUCCCUAACAGCCAAAUUCAGAGCUUUGCCCGACAACUCUUUACAAGUGUUGCUUUCCUACACGACCUCAACCUGAUUCACACCGAUCUCAAGCCCGAGAACAUCUUGCUCUGCAACCAUUCAUACCAGACCUUUACCUACAACCGCAAGAUUCCCUCGUCUUCCACGACUAUCAACAGACAGGCUACUCAACGCCGUGUUCUGCUGGACACUGAGAUUCGGUUGAUCGACUUUGGCUCCGCGACCUUCCAGGAUGAAUAUCAUUCGUCAGUUGUUUCGACUCGCCACUACAGAGCCCCAGAGAUCAUUCUGGGUCUCGGAUGGUCGUAUCCCUGCGAUAUUUGGAGUAUCGGAUGCAUCCUCGUCGAGUUCUUCACUGGCGAUGCUCUGUUCCAGACCCACGACAAUCUUGAGCACCUGGCCAUGAUGGAAGCAGUUGUGGGACACCGCAUCGACAGCCACCUGGUCCAGGCCGUCAACAAGAUGUCCACGCGGAGUGGAGGAAAUGCCGCUUCCAAGUACUUCAAGCGGCUUAAGCUUGAUUACCCCACCCCUGACACGACCCGCGGCUCCCGACGCUUCGUCAAGGCCAUGAAGCACCUCACGGACAUCAUCCCUAGCAACAACGCAUUCCUCAAGAACUUCGUCGAUCUACUCAAGAAGAUAUUCGUCUACGACCCUGCCCAACGUAUCACUGCUAAGCAGGCCCUGAACCACCCCUGGCUCAAGGAGAUGGCUCAGCCUGACGACGGCACCGAGGCGGCUAAGAUCCGCCUGGAGCGGAUACGAAUGGAGCAGCAGGGUGCAAGACAUCAAUAUGUCUGAGCCUGGCAUCGCAAGCCUGAUAUUCUUUCUAACGACAUACGAGCAUGAUCACGGAGUUCUGGUUUUCCCGAGGCGAGUUUGAAGGGAGGGACCUCUUGAUAUGGAAGAGGCUCGUUUGAUGCUCAUUCGACCUCCAUUGUAUUCUAGUGCCACCGUCGAAUUUUCUCGCUGCCAUUUUCACUUAUUCUGGGAUUUCUCUAUGGCAGCUGGCCCCUAUAACGCAACGCUACGACGG